CUUGGCACCAUCUCAGCAUUGUUUGCAGAAAUGUUGUACGGCAACAUGGUCAGUAACGAUAUUGCCAAACCAUAUCCGGUCUACACGGACCAGGACUUUCCACCUCUCAAAAAUGACCUGAUACUCAGGGUUGCGCGUGGAGAAAGCGUUGAACGUGUGCCAGUAUGGAUCAUGCGACAAGCGGGACGGUACUUACCAGAGUUUCGUGAGGUCCGUGCCCAGCACGACUUCUUUACCAUUUGCCGGAACCCCUCCCUGGCAUGCCUGGUGACACUUCAACCUAUUGACCGUUAUGCUGGAUUGUUGGAUGCCAGUAUUAUUUUCAGCGAUAUCCUUGUCGUCCCACAGGCAAUGGGACUUGAAGUACAAAUGCUUGAAAAAAAAGGACCGCACUUUCCUGACCCUCUGGUAGAUCCGACUCACCUAGCCCGCUUGAAGACAAAGGUGGAUAUAGAGACCGACCUGCGAUACGUGUUGGAGGCUAUCACCUUGACAAGGCAGAAACUGGAUGGCCGUGUGCCACUUUUUGGAUUUGUUGGAGCACCAUGGACCUUAAUGGCCUAUAUGAUCGAAGGAGGUGGCAGCAAAACAUUGAGUAAGGCGAAGGCAUGGUUGGUGAAGUGGCCUGAGGAAAGCAAGGAUUUGCUGCAGCGGAUCACGGAUGUUGUGGUGGACUUCCUAGUCGCGCAAGUUAAGGCCGGCGCGCAACUGUUGCAGGUUUUCGAUUCGUGGGCUGGUGAACUCUCUCCCUCGCACUUUGCCACCUUUUCCCUGCCCUACCUGAAGCAAAUUCCGCUGCGAGUACGUGCCGCCCUGCGCGACGUAAACCCUGAUCUCGCCUCCACUCCCAUGGUCGUCUUCGCACGUGGUGCGCAUUACGCAUUGGAAUCUCUCUCAAGCCCAAAUAUCGAGUAUGAUAUUAUGUCGUUGGACUGGACAAUAGACCCAGUCGACGCUAGACGUCGCACUGGAGGGCGAGUGACAUUGCAAGGAAAUGCCGAUCCAAGUUUGUUGUAUGCACCUAAGGAAACAAUCAAGCAGGAGGUUGCGACUAUGCUGGAAAAAUUCGGCACGAAAGAGAGAUACAUUGCGAACUUGGGGCAUGGCAUGUACCCAGAUCAUGAUCCAGAGCACUUACGAGCGUACCUAGAGGCUAUUCGGGAUGAGUCAAUUAAAUUGAACUCAUGAGCAGGUUCCAAUAAGUCGCCUAGCCUUGCAAUGCUCUAUCUGCUAAGAUUUAUCGUUGGCGUCUUUUCGCGCAAUUUCUGUAUGUCGUCAACGAUCUGGUCAGCUGAGGCUUUAACCUACACAAAGAGUUGAAGUAAAGGAUAAGACAUCCUUUAGAAAAAUAGAAAGAAUAAAUCGGCGGUGGGCUCCACCUGCUCUGGUUUCGCUAAUAUCUUCCAGA